AGCUAGUACAGCCAAAUAAGAAUAGUCGAUGGAUGUGAAAGGAUUCAUUAACAUCAUGACAACAAUUACUUUUGCGUUGAUUUUGUUUUCUGUAGUUCGAUUAGAGGCCCAAUCAACAGAUGUGAUCGAUGACCGCGUUGAGAGGCUGGAAAAAGAUUUGAAAGAGAUAAGGGAGCAAUUAAAUGAAGAACGAACCGCAAGAAAAGAAUUGGAAAGUCAACGUGCCGAAGAAAAACGACGACACUUCCAAUCCCGACAACUGGCAGAGGGCACGGAAAUAGCAUUCUUUGCGCAUGUCCAAAACUCUAUACCGCAUCAAGGAGCCGGUCAGAUAAUACGGUUCGACCAAGUCAUCACCAAUGUCGACUCGACGAAUUCCGCUGCUGGUUACAGUGCCGUCACUGGUGUUUUCACGGCGCCAGUGGAUGGACUGUACGUGUUUUCAACGACAUUGAUGACGCAUGAAGACCAUACUUCACAUUACAUGAUCUACAAAGAAAACGCGUCAGUAUGCACACUGUUCGUAGAUGGUUCAAACGGCCACCAAUAUGAUUCCGCUUCGUGCAACGUAGUUCUUGUGUUAACCAAGGGGCAAUCCGUGUCAGUUCGUCACUUUGAGACCAUUGACCACGCUCUGGAGGGGGCCUACAAUGGGGGACAGUCGACUUUCUCGGGAUUUCUGCUCACGCAGCAUUAUCCUGCAUCUCCGAUUGUGGGAUGAAAUUAUACUUAAAACUGAAGUGUUAAUGUCAGUUACUUGAGUAAUAAAAGAUAUAAUUUG